CGCUACAUAAUUCUUUGAACAGUCUCCUUCACUAAUGAAGGAAGCCCCACCCACCUGAGUCCAUAACAUUUAAAAAAAAAAAAAACUAUUUUCUCCGCCAUGGGAAUUUAGCAAAUUUGACGAGAAAGCUUCAAAAUCAUUGAAACUUCGGUCCAAUUAUUGCUCGCUACUCAACCCAGAGAGAAAAAAGGGGGGGCAAAAACUCACCUUUACGUGCUUAUCGAACCAGCAAGCGAGUGAGAUUUUCUUUUCUUGUUUUGGGGUGAUGUUUGUUUCUCGGGAAAAUCUCACAGAAGAGGGAUUCCUUUUUUUGUGCCGCGACUCUAUAAUUCGCUUCCUACUACCCCCAAAUUGCCUUAUUUUAGUAUUAUUUUUUUUCUGGGUUUUGGUGUGUGGCCUGCGUCGCUAACUUCGAGGGCAAUCUUUAUCAGUUUCAGAAGCUAUUUCUGGAGGAGUGAUUUGCGCGGUUCAUUCAUCAAAUCUCGGGUUUUCGGGAAAUGGGUACUGAGAAAGCGCCUGGUUUCGCGAUGAAUAAUUUGAUUGGUUUAUCGGUUGCUGACGAGAUCAAGAACACCAUCUGAUGUAAUGGUUAUGCGACAAUGGCGAAGAAGAAGGGUUUGUUCACUUUGUUGAAAAGGAUUUUCAUUUCGGAAGCUAACCCAGAAAAGCAGAGAGAGAAGAGACGAAGAUGGGCAUUUUGGAAGCUUAGGGUCAAGAAAAGGUUACCUUCCAUUACAGCACCGCCAAGGGACAGGACAAGAAGUGAAGAGGGUGAAGAACAGAACAAGAACGAUGUGGCCGAGGUCAACCAACUCUCUUGUAGUCCUCAACUAGAUGUCAGAGAAAAGUUAGAAGAAGAUUCAGCAACAAAAGCAGGAAAUGCCAUCACCGAUCCACCACCUGAUGAUCAAAUCUUUAGAAAAAGACAGAUUGAAGAACUUUCUGCAAUUCGGAUUCAAACCGCAUUUCGGGGCUAUCUUGCGAGGAAAGUUCUACGAGCCUUGAAGGGAAUAGUCAAGCUCCAAGCCUAUAUCAGAGGCCGAGCUGUGAGACGCCAAGCAAUGACUACCCUCAAGUGCUUGCAGUCUGUCGUGAACAUCCAAUCGCAGGUCUGCGCGAAAAGAACACAAAUUCCGGGUAGUGAUCUCAAGCAUUACGAAGAGAGCAAAGAAUUUCAGACGUUCAAGGACAAGAUUAUCAAGGUGGACACCAAUAGCCCAAAGAGAUGGGAUGACAGUCUUAUGACAAAGGAAGAGGCUGAGGCACUGGCUAUGAGCAAGAAAGAAGCUGCAUUGAGGAGAGAAAAGAUAAGGGAAUAUGCAGUCACACACCGGAAAUCCGCGGAAUCAUACCAGAAAAGACACAACACAAGGUGGAAGUACUGGUUAGACCAAUGGGUGGAUACCCAGUUAACUAAGAGCAAAGAACUCGAAGAUUUGGACUUCUCUUCAAACCCGAAUCCAAAAGACGAAACUUUUAAGGACAAACAGCUUAAACCCCCGAGAAAUUCUUCGCCCAGAAGAUCGGUAAACCACAGAAGACAAGUUUCGGUAGGGGAAGAAGAUCCGAACCCUGUCCUUCAGUCGCCCACAGUCACAACACCGACUUACAUGGCUGCAACGGAAUCAGCAAAGGCAAAGACGAGAUCUUAUAGCUCCCCGAGGGUAAGACCAGGAAGCUUUGACACACAGUCAGAGAGUUACUCGCCGUACAAGAACAAGCUCUGCCUAUCAUCUUCCCUUAUGACAGACGCUCCAAGCAGAGUUAGGGUUCACAACAAUAGCAACACCGUCAAUAGAUCGAGCGCGUAUCAGCAACGAUCCCCGGGAUUAAAGGGCUUUACCGCGGGCCCCGUGAAAUCGAGCCACACGACGUUGAACGAUCUUAGCAUUAACUCUGAACGUUCGUUACCUAGCUGGAACAGGCAGAGCAGUUUCAGAUGAGUUUGUGUUUUUUUAAAGUUUGUCCCUUUUUGUUGAAUCUUGAACUGUAUAUACUUUUUCAAAAGCGUUUCUUUUCAAAUCAUGUUUUGAAAGUUCGUCCCUUUCGUUGAAUCUUGAACUGUAUCCUGAAUUCUCUUGCUUUCUUUCUACGGGUGAAAGUAGAGUUGACGAGCAA